CUGGGACAUUUUGUGCCCCAUAGACAUAUAUGUUUUGGUAAAACCAACAUGGCGGACGUUGAGGGAAAGUUGUGCAACGAAGUAAAUGUUGCUGAAAGCAAGCGGGCCGGUAAAAGGAAAGCAAAACAAGCUACAAAGAAACAAAGAAAGAAAGCUAUCAAAGUUGAAAAAAACACCAAGAGUGCAGGAUUUGAUAAAGAAAUAUUCCUUGAAACCACAUGUUUUGUAAGAAAUGGUUUGCGAUGUGUCUAUCCUUAUUAUUUCACUUUCACUACCUUCUGCAAGGGACGCUGGGUAGGCCGUAGCUUGAUUGAUGUGUUUAAAGAAGAAUUUCGUUCUGAAACACAGGAAUACUAUGAGAAGGCAAUAAAAGCUGGAAAAAUAACAGUGAAUGGUGAAAUAACACUUCAAAGUAAAAUUCUUAAAGACAAUGAUGUGAUUUGCAACAAAGUCCACAGACAUGAACCUCCUGUGACAGGGAAUCCUAUAAAGAUAAUUGCUUUAACAGAUGAAGUUGUUGUUCUUGAUAAACCCUCUUCAAUUCCGGUACAUCCCUGUGGAAGAUACAGGCACAACACUGUUGUGUUCCUUCUUGGAAAGGAGUUUGGAUUGAAAAAUCUUUUUACAAUCCACCGUAUUGACCGUCUCACUUCAGGAAUUUUGAUGUUUGCAAGAACACUGUCAAAGGCUCAAGAGCUUGAGAGUCAAGUGAGAAACAGACAAAUAGAGAAGGAAUACAUAAGUAGAGUGCAAGGAGAAUUUCCAAGUGAGGAAGUCCUAUGUGAGGAGCCAAUAAAAGUUGUUUCACACAAGAUCGGUGUGUGUCGAGUGAGUAAAAAUGAGGGCAAGCCGUGUAAAACUGUUUUCAAAAGGCUUACCUAUGACGGAAAGACAAGUAUUGUGAAAAGUGUUCCACAUACAGGCAGGAUGCAUCAAAUCCGUGUUCAUCUUCAGUGGCUUGGUUAUCCAAUUGUAAAUGAUCCAAUAUACAACCAUCAGUCGUGGGGACCCCACAGGGGUAAGGGUGGGGUGUCAGACCACAUGGUCCAGCAGGUGAUAGCCGAGCUUUCUAAAUCUCCAAACAUUGUAAACACUGAGAGCGGAACCUUUCGUGAAGAUGACCUCUCGCGUCAACAUCAACAAAACUCGACCAAUGUGAAACACGAAGCAGUCACUAUCGUUGAAAAUGAAUCACUGAAGCCAGUCUGCACCGGAUAUAAAGAUAUUGUCCCGGGGGAAUCCCAGUCUUGUAAAGAAACAGAAGAGAAAAACACAGAACUGUAUUAUGACAAAGACUGUAGUGAAUGCCAGAUACAGAGGAGAGAUCCAACUUCUGAUGAACUCACCAUGUGUUUACAUGCUCUCUCUUACAAGGGGCCAGACUGGGAAUUUAAGACAGACCUGCCAAGUUGGGCUAAAGAAGGAGUCAACUUUUCUGAAAUCAGGCAAAACAUGGAGCGGAAUUGAACUUUUAAGCUGAUUAGGGUCGAGAGGAGGGAAAAAGCAUUCCUCUUUCAAGACACGAAGCAUGAGCUUGUGCUUGAUGGCACACGACUUGAUUUGUACCAAGAUGGCUGUUCAGGAAAUUGAAACCCUUUCUUAGUUAUAAUUAAACGUCACGCUCAUGUCCACGAAUUUAAAGUUUUCAUUAAAAUAGUCAUAGCAGUAGAGAAUUUAGCCAACACCAUAGAGAUGGUCGCUGGUUGUUGCCCACUUGAAUCUAUGAGAAAUUUAAAGGAAAAAGUCGUAAUGACGAA